CCACUCGCUCACUCUCUUGUUGACUCCCUGCUCACCGGAGACCGAGGAGCUCACUCGCUGGCAAACAGAGUCAGGACGGCAACCUGCAGCCACCAAGGCAGGGGCAGUGGCUGCGGAGCUAGAGCUAGAGACGAUCGAUGGCCGUGUCACGCUCCGGUGCGGCGGGGGUGGCCGGCGGCGGCGACACGACCGACGACGCGGACCGAGCGCGGCUGCACCAGCUCGGCUACAAGCAGGAGCUCAAGCGCGGCCUCUCCCUCAUGUCCAACUUCGCCUUCUCCUUCUCCAUCAUCUCCGUCAUGGCGGGCGUCACCACCACCUACAACAGCGGGCUGAGGUACGGCGGGCCGGCGUCCAUGACGCUCGGGUGGCUGGUGGUGGCGGCCUUCAACGGCUGCGUCGCGCUGUCCAUGGCGGAGAUCUGCUCCGCGUACCCGACCUCCGGCGGGCUCUACUACUGGAGCGCCAAGCUCGCCGGCAGGGAGUGGGCGCCCCUCGCCUCCUGGGUCACCGGCUGGUUCAACAUCGUCGGACAGUGGGCUGCUACGACGAGCACGGACUUCUCCCUGGCGCAGCUGGUCCAGGUGAUCGUCUUGCUGGGCACCGGCGGGGCCAACGGCGGCGGGUACACGGCCUCCAAGUACGUCGUGCUGGCCAUCCACGGCUUCUUCCUCGUCCUGCACGGCCUCAUCAACAGCCUCCCCAUCCGGUGGCUGUCCUGGUGCGGCAAGCUCGGCGCGUUCUGGAACACGGCGGGCGCAUUCACGCUGGUGAUCCUCAUCCCGGCGGUGGCCAAGGAGAGGGCCAGCGCCAAGUUCAUCUUCACGCACUUCAACGACGACAACGGCAUGGGCAUCCAUGGCAAGGCCUACAUUCUCGCCCUCGGCCUCCUCACCAGCCAGUACUCUCUGCUCGGCUACGACGCGUCCGCUCACAUGAUUGAAGAGACGAAGAACGCGGACUGGAGCGGGCCGAUGGGGAUCAUCAGCUCGGUGGCCCUCUCGACCACGUUCGGGUGGAUCUUCCUGGUGGCGCUGACGUCGAUCGUGACGGACAUACCGUACCUGCUCAGCCCAGACAACGACGCCGGCGGCUACGCCGUCGCCCAGGCCCUAUACGACGCCUUCGACAGGAGGUACGGCAGCGGCGUGGGAGGGCUGGUCUGCGUCGGGGUCGUCGCCGUCGGCAUCUUCUUCGCCGGCGCCAUGUGCAUCGCCAGCAACUCGAGGAUGGGGUACGCCUUCUCGAGGGACAGGGCGAUGCCGCUCUCGCGGGUGUGGCUCCGUGUGAGCAAGAACGAGGUGCCCCUCAACGUCGUCUGGCUCUCCGUCGUCGUCGCCUUCGUCAUGGCCCUCACGUCGCUGGGGAGUCAGGUGGCGUUCCAGGCGAUGGUGUCGAUCGCGACGCUGGGGCAGUACAUCGCCUACGCGCUGCCCAUCUUCUUCCGGGUGACGACGGCGAGGAGGUCGUUCGUGCCGGGGCCGUUCCACCUCGGGAGAUACGGGGUCGCCGUCGGCUGGGCCGCCGUCCUCUGGGUGGCCUUCCUCACCGUGCUCUUCUCGCUGCCGGUGGCGUACCCGGUGGCCAAGGACAACUUCAACUACACGCCGGUGGCCGUCGGCGGCGUGUUGCUGCUCAGCGUCGGCGCGUGGGUGGUCAGCGCGAGGUUCUGGUUCGAGGGGCCCAUCACUAAUGUCGACUUGUAGCUACGGACCAAACAAUUCACGUGUCGCAUAGCUUCUCGUUUGGAACUUUGGAUUGUAUAUAGUAUAUCGGCGCUGCUUUUUUUUUUUGAGCUAAUA